AUGGCGGACCAAGAUAUGUCUCCUCUACAUCCUAAAAAGCCCUGCCGUGCAUGUACGGAUUUCAAAUCAUGGAUGAAUCAAGGGAAAAGAAACAUAAGUGCUACGAGCAAUAGCAGAAACUCUUCUCAAAGCCAUGACUCAGCAUCUCAGGAUGAAUCCAACAUAGAAUGUCCACUUGAUAGGCAAGAACUUGGUCGAUCAACAUGGAAUUUUCUUCACACAAUGGCUGCUUAUUAUCCAGACAAUCCUUCGCAACAACAACAAAAUGACAUGGCCAGUUUUGUAAAAAUAUUUUCCAAAUUUUAUCCUUGUGAAGACUGUGCUUCACAUCUCAGAGAAAGGUUACAAACUCACCCUCCUGACACAAGUAACAGAUACAAUUUUUGUCAGUGGAUGUGCCAAAUGCACAAUGAAGUCAACAGGAGGCUUGGAAAAAAAGAAUUUGAUUGUUCAAAGGUUGAUGAGCGAUGGCUUGAUGGAUGGAAAGAUGGCUCAUGUGACUGAUCAACAUGUGAAGUAUGAUAACAUGAUUUUUCAGUAGUGUCUAAAAACUUAAAUACUGCAAAAAGAUGUAUAUAGAAAGUGAUUUAUGUAACAUAACCUCUGGACAGUGACCACUGUUAGGACAGGGGUGGCACUCUACCCAGAUGUAAAACCAAACUAAUCAAAUACCAGUGAUCUUAGUUAAGAUGAUAACACAACAACUUGUUGUUUGUUUUGCCGGUAUGGUAUCCAAUAAGCUGUUACUAGAUGUCUUUUAAAUAAAUAAUUAAAUAAUUAAAUAAAUCAUGUGUUUACUGGUUGAUCCAGUAAAAUUUGGGCAGAAAUAAUGCAGGAGAAAAAGGAACUACAAUAAGAAAGAUAGAGGAGAGACAAUUUUUUAACCCUAGAAAAUAAAAUAUUUAAUUGGUGCCUCUGGUGUUUAAAGUCAGGGCAGGAAACUUUCUUUUCAAUUCACUUGUCCCUUCGGACAAAUACAGUUUGUAUUUUACUUGUCCAGACCACAAAAUUACUUGUCCCAAAAAAUUGGCAACAGCAAUUUAGGGUUUCAAAAAUCCUUUUUCUAUUUCAACCAUGUCCCAGUUAAGUGAAAAGCUAAAUAGUCAAUAAAAACAUUCAACACAACAAAUUGCAUAAAGGUAUAUUCUUUUGAUACAUCUGUCGGUGUAUGUCAAUGUGUUCAUUCUACAUCUGACUCAUCUUCAGAAAUUUAGGGAAGUGGUGGUAGAAUUUCUUCUUCUUCUUCUUCAGGUUCUAGUCUUUUGCCACUAGCAGUAGGAUUUGUUCCCUUUUAUAUACUUACCUUCAGUAAGAACUGAGACCUCCAAGAAAAGUUUUUAUUAUAAUGGCUCAGUUGUGUAUAAUAAUUAUUUAUUAAAUAAGAAUCAGUUUUAAUUGUUAUACUGUACUAUUUUUAACUUAGUUACUUAGUUUCUUAUUAUUUAUUUUUAGAACUUUUUGUUAGUUUUUAAUUUAGGGCUCCUAUUGAUAACAGAUAUACCUUUAAGUAUUCUGAAGGGAUUACCCUAGUUAAAUAAAGGUUUACUA